GUUCACUCCAGCGAAGCCGAUGGAGGGCAAAACUGAUCAUGCUCGAGCUCAGGCGAUGAGAUGUGUUGGCUGUUUAGUAGCACGACACCACGAAGGUCGACCAACUUCGCCAGCCCCCAUAUUACAAGAUCACAGGUAUAAUCAUGGCGCCCUUCAUGAACGGAAACGAUAGCAGCAACCAGCAAGAUGGUCCGGUGCCAUCUUCCGGCAUUCGCGUGGUCAUCGUCGGUGCGGGCUUUGCAGGCUUGACUGCUGCCAUCGAGUGUACGCGCAAGGGUCACUCAUGCAUCAUAUUGGAUUCUGUGAAGGAGAUGAAGCAACUCGGCGACAUUAUCAGCUUUGGCGGCAAUGGUGGGAGGAUAUUCCAGCGCUGGCCCGGUGUGGCUGAAAAACUCGAUCCAAUAUGUCACCAUGCGCCCGUGAUUGAGUUCCGAACAUGGCUCGGCGAGCAUAUAUACACCCAGGAGUGGGAGGCCGAAGAGGUCUUUGGCAAGCGUUUCAAUGGUCAUCGAGGCGAAAUUCAUCAGGUCGUCUAUGAUUAUGCGUUGGCUCAGGGUAUCGAAAUUCGACUUGGACAGCAAGUCACCGAGUACUUCGAGAAUGAGGAUCUUGCAGGCGUGAUAUCCAAUGGAGAGCGCAUCGUGGGCGAUGUAGUCUUCGGUGCAGAUGGGGUCAAAUCAAAGGCCAGACAACUCAUUUUGGGGUACGAUGACAAGCCCAAACCCAGCGGCUACGCUGUUUACCGUGCCUGGAUGAGCAGCGAGGAGCUUGCUAAGAAUGAGCUGACAAAGGACCUUGUAAUUCACGGAGAUACCCAUACAGGCUGGCUUGGUCGCGACAUCCAUUUCCUUGCGUCGGCGCUGAAGAAUGGCACAGAAAUGAGCUGGGUUUUCACGCACAAGGAUGACCGGGAUGUAGACGAAGGGUGGUCCGAGCCUGGAAAUCAUGAAGAUGCGUGCCGCAUUCUGGAAGGCUGGGAUCCUAUCGUCCAUACGAUGGUCAAGUUGACACCGCCGGACAAAAUGGUUGACUGGAAGCUCGUCUACCGAGAUCCUUUGCCCACAUGGGUGUCACCCGAAGCGCGCACAGUUCUCAUUGGCGAUGCCGCACAUCCCUUCCUGCCCACUUCCAUCCAAGGAGCCGCGCAAGCCAUGGAGGACGGAGCAUGCUUGGCAGUCUGUCUGCAACUGAGCGGAAAGGAGAAGGCGAGAGAUGCGUUACGUGCAUACGAGAAGAUCCGAUAUGAGCGAGUCAAGUACGCGCAGAAAACUGGCGAGACCACCCGCGAUAGGUGGCAUAAGGCCGAUUGGGAAGCAGUGAAGUUGAAUCCCGAGAGCAUUAAGCUGGUUCGAGACCCAGAAUUGCUAAAGCACGACGCUGAAGCACACGCGUACAAGAUGUAUGCGCAAGCUGUAGCCUCACCUCACAACUUGAAGUGA